GAUUUGAUAGCCUCUAUUGAUUUGCCAAAUAUACACAAUGGGUCUAAAGUUAGGGCCAUCACCAUUUGGUCAUCCUUUUUGGGGCCCAUUUACAAUGACGGGAGAUCCUAUGAAAUGUUUGGACGAAUGGAGUAUUAUAGAAAUGUCCAAAUUGAUUAGAUCGAAGAUCGAUUGGAAAACUAAAUAUAAGAAUGAAACUAUUGUCAAUAAAUGGAAAGCUGAAUUUAAAUCUCAAUUCACUUCCAAAACAAGACCAAUUGACGAAUUAAUCGAGUAUGUCUUCCAGGAACUUGCCUGGUAUGAAUACGUAGAGCAUAAUUUUAAUGGUUUCGAAGAGUCUGGUUUUGUCAUUGGAAGCGAUGAUAAAAUUGUAUACAGUGAUAGUGCUAUACCUGACGAUAUCAAGACCGAAUUGAGGGCCAAUGUAGAGCUGUUUGCAAAAGCUGAGUUUGGCGAUAAGCCGGAUUAUCAUCCUGGAUCCAAUAAUCAAGUGAUCGAUCUAGUACAUCCAUCUUUAUAUCCUUUACAAUAUGGAAUAACUCCAAAAAUUGUUAAGUACGAGAAAAAGAAUCAUCAAGAGAAAGAACCAGAAGAGCAAGUCAUAAUUGCCGAAUUUAGUGACGAUAUUGGCAAAGUUAAACAACACGUAGAAGAUUGGGCAGUUUCCAAGAACUAUCAAUGGUUGCCAGCAUUGUUAGUUCGCAAACCGAAGUAUUCACCGUAUGAAGAUGUUGGGAUACAUUCAUAUGAAUUUGAAUCAUAUAUCAAUAAUUUACAUCCAAAAAAGUACGGUGAUUUGUACAAAUCAAUUGAAAAAGUUUUCAACUUGACGCUUCCUGGAUUGAAUUUCACUUUAUCUCGACUUGCGACUAGGACACCAAGACGGAUUCAACUUGCUUAUCAAUCAUUGUAUACAAAAGAGUACUACGAAAAGUUCGAUAAAUUAUAUGACGAAGUAGUCGAUGAAAAUUAUGACAAAAUAGAUGAGUUUGAGUCGAAAAAGCUUGAUUAUCUCGUAGAUCGUCCGGUUAAAUAUACAAAAGAUCAUCCGGUGAAUUAUGAUUUCAAUUUGCUAAAGUCAUUUAGUCAGUUGCAUGUGAUAGUAAAACUUGCAAACAUUGAAUUGACACCCUCCAAUCCGAAGUACAAUGGAGGUUCGUGGCAUGUCGAAGGCACAAUUAAUGAGGACAUUGUUGCAACCAUUUUGUACUAUUAUGACUCUGAUAACAUUACCGAGUCUAGACUCUCCUUUAGAGGUGCAUUCGACGAACCUAAUUACGACCAAGAUGAUAAAAUUGGAUGUGAAGCUAUAUAUGGCAUCAAAGAUGGUGAAACGUUGACGAGAAUGAUUGGAGAUGUAGAAUGCAAGGAGAACCGAGUGGUUGUUUUCCCAAAUUGGUUUCAACAUCACGUGGAACCGUUUGAAUUGAAGGAUAAGACCAAGAACGGACACAGAAAGAUUCUUUGUAUGUUUGUCUGUGAUCCUUACAAUGAUAAAGUUGUCAGUACAGUCGACGUACCUCCUCAACAGAAAAGUUGGUGGGAAGACCCUACACCCAUAGAACAAAUUUCAAAGGAAAGAAUGGAUAAAAUUACCAAGAUGAAAGGAGACAAAUGGCCAAUUGACUUGGAAGAGAGUAAAUCUAUAAGAGAGAAGCUCAUGAAAGAACGUUCAAUCUCAUCAACUAAAGACAUUGAAGAUGAAAAUCCAUUCCUCCGGGAGUUCUCAUUAUGUGAACAUUAGAUCAUC